CUCCCAUGCCACACAUGAUCAGCUGCAGAAGUUUUGCAUAUUGACAAGAUUUCGAAAGGCUGAACUGAAGUGAAUCAGUUCUGACACAGAAGCUCGACACCCUGCUAAUUUUACGGACUAUUCUAUGGCUUAGGAGCUUUGAGAAAAAUGCGGACGGCAUUGACGACGUGGAGUUUACGAUGGUUUGUCUGGAGAUUUCAGAAUUGGCUUACUUAUACAGUUUUUAUUGAAGAAAUUAUUCGGUGCGCACAUGUUAUUGUCAUUGGGAAGAGAAUCGCACAGCACAAGAUACUCGUGCACUCUGGCCAUUAGAGGGGACAUUGGGAAUCUCAAGGCAUGCGAGUGAAGAGGCAGUCAUUAUAAUACAAAAUAUCCGUGGCAGAGGAGCCAGAAGUUGUCAGCGAAGGAAAAAAUAAAUUUUAAAAAGAAGUGGUCGGGGGAGAAAGAGAAGAAGAGGCGACCCGGAUCGUUUGGGGGGCGUUCCUCAGAGGCUUCUUGCAGGAGGACAUGAAGAACGCGAGACCCGUUGGUCACUGCUAGUCUGCUGCUGCCGUAUUAUGGACACUCCUACGACAUCUGCAGCCGGGGAAGUUGGACUCUGCUGAUGUUUCUGUCGCUGCCCAGAAGCCCAAAAGCCGAUCCGAAAUCUGCAAACGUUGCUUGGAGUGGCUGGUAAGACGGCGGUACCUGGCCUUGGGUAUUUCCAAUCUUCAGCUUGAGUGAGUUUUAAAUUCUGAGAACAAAAAUGACUAAUAAUGCUGCAGGCCACCACCCCGGCAACUCUGUUGCUGAGGGCAACCACGAAGGUGAAUUUGGCUGCACGGUUGCAGAACUGCGAUCCCUUAUGGAACUGCGAUCUGGAGAAGCAGUAAAUAAAAUACAUGAAACUUACGGUGAUGCCCAGGACAUCUGUAGAAGGUUAAAAUCUUCUCCAAUAGAAGGUUUAUCCGGCAACCCAGCUGAUCUCGAUAAACGGAAACUAGUAUUUGGUCAGAACUUUAUACCUCCCAAAAAGGCAAAAACCUUCCUGCAGUUAGUAUGGGAAGCAUUGCAAGACGUGACAUUAAUUAUCCUAGAAAUUGCGGCUAUCAUCUCGCUGGGCCUCUCCUUUUACCGCCCUCCAGGACAAGACAAUUAUUUGUGUGGAGAUGCCGCAGGUGGCGAAGAUGAAGGGGAGGCAGAUGCUGGUUGGAUCGAAGGGGCGGCUAUCCUCCUCUCGGUCAUCUGUGUGGUGCUGGUGACAGCCUUCAACGACUGGAGUAAGGAGAAGCAGUUCCGUGGGCUGCAGAGCCGCAUCGAGCAGGAGCAGAAGUUCACCGUGAUCCGAAAGGGCCAGGUUAUCCAGAUCCCGGUGGCUGAGAUCGUAGUCGGGGACAUUGCCCAGAUCAAGUACGGUGACCUGUUACCAGCCGAUGGCGUCCUCAUCCAAGGAAAUGACUUAAAGAUCGAUGAAAGUUCUUUAACAGGAGAGUCAGACCAUGUGAAGAAAUCCCUGGAGAAAGAUCCCAUGUUACUCUCUGGUACCCACGUAAUGGAAGGGUCCGGUCGGAUUGUUGUGACAGCAGUGGGUUUGAACUCCCAAACUGGUAUCAUUUUCACGCUCUUAGGAGCAGGUAUGGAUGAUGAAGAGAAGAAAAACAAGAAGGGUAAAAAACAAGGAGUACCAGAAAAUCGCAACAAAGCUAAAGCUCAGGAUGGUGUUGCGUUGGAGAUUCAGCCAUUGAAGAGCGAAGAAGGUGGGGACCUGGAAGAGAAGGAGAAGAAGAAAUCAAACAUACCAAAGAAAGAGAAAUCUGUCCUGCAGGGCAAGCUCACCAAAUUAGCCGUGCAGAUCGGAAAAGCAGGUCUGCUCAUGUCGGCAAUCACAGUCAUCAUCCUCGUCUUGUAUUUUGUCAUUGACACUUUUGGGGUUCAAGGCAAACCAUGGCUGGCAGAAUGUACCCCAAUCUACAUCCAAUACUUUAUGAAGUUUUUCAUCAUUGGAGUCACUGUGUUGGUGGUGGCCGUACCGGAGGGUCUCCCCCUGGCCGUCACCAUCUCUUUGGCCUACUCUGUAAAGAAAAUGAUGAAAGACAAUAAUUUGGUCAGACACUUGGAUGCCUGUGAAACAAUGGGCAACGCCACCGCGAUCUGUUCAGAUAAGACUGGCACCCUCACCAUGAACCGAAUGACGGUGGUACAGUCAUACAUUGGGGAAACUCACUACCGGCAAAUCCCUGCCCCGGACGCAAUCCUACCGAAGGUUUUAGAGCGGAUUGUCAAUGGGAUUGCUAUUAACUCCGCUUACACCACCAAAAUACUGUCCCCCGAGAAGGAAGGAGGUCUCCCUCGCCAUGUGGGGAACAAGACUGAAUGUGCUUUGCUUGGCUUUGUGCUGGACCUGAAACAGGAUUAUCAAGCCGUACGCAAUGAAAUUCCAGAAGAAAAGCUCUAUAAGGUGUACACCUUCAACUCUGCACGCAAGUCGAUGAGCACGGUGCUCAAGAACGCGGAUGGAAGUUUCCGCAUGUACAGCAAGGGUGCAUCCGAGAUCAUCCUACGCAAGUGCACUAAAUUAAUAAAUAAGAGUGGGGAUGUCGUGGCUUUCAAGGCAAGGGAUCGAGAUGAAAUGGUGAAGAAGGUGAUCGAGCCAAUGGCUUGUGAAGGCCUACGGACAAUCUGCUUGGCCUACAGAGACUUCGUUAAAGAGCCUGACUGGGACAAUGAGAAUGAGAUUCUUUGUGACUUGACAUGUAUCAUGGUCGUUGGAAUAGAGGAUCCUGUGCGGCCCGAGGUUCCAGAUGCCAUAACGAAAUGUCAGCGAGCUGGGAUAACGGUGCGAAUGGUGACGGGAGACAACAUUAACACUGCUCGUGCCAUUGCCACCAAAUGCGGCAUCAUCCACCCGGGAGAGGACUUCCUGUGUCUGGAAGGGAAGGAGUUCAAUCGCCUGAUUCGCAACGAGAAAGGAGAGGUGGAACAAGAACGCCUCGACAAAGUGUGGCCGAGCCUUCGUGUCCUUGCUCGUUCGUCCCCAACAGAUAAACACACGCUAGUCAAAGGUAUUAUUGACAGCACCAUCGGAGAAAUGCGGCAGGUGGUGGCUGUAACCGGAGAUGGAACGAACGAUGGACCAGCGUUGAAGAAAGCUGAUGUUGGCUUCGCCAUGGGCAUUGCAGGAACUGAUGUCGCAAAGGAGGCGUCGGACAUCAUCCUGACAGACGAUAACUUCACCAGCAUCGUUAAGGCCGUGAUGUGGGGCCGCAAUGUGUACGACAGCAUCUCCAAGUUCCUGCAGUUCCAACUGACAGUAAACGUGGUCGCAGUUAUCGUCGCCUUUACUGGAGCCUGCAUCACCCAGGAUUCUCCGCUGAAGGCUGUUCAGAUGCUCUGGGUGAACCUGAUCAUGGACACAUUUGCCUCCCUGGCCUUGGCCACUGAGCCCCCGACAGAGGCCCUGUUGCUUCGCAAGCCCUACGGCAGGAAUAAGCCACUGAUCUCUCGCACGAUGAUGAAGAACAUCCUGGGCCAUGGUGUUUACCAGCUCACCAUUAUCUUCACACUCCUCUUUGCAGGUGAGAAGUUUUUUGACAUCGACAGUGGAAGGAAUGCUCCACUCCACUCCCCCCCGACUGAACAUUACACCAUUGUCUUCAACACCUUUGUGAUGAUGCAGCUCUUCAAUGAGAUCAACGCUCGCAAGAUCCACGGGGAGCGCAACGUGUUUGAAGCAAUUUUCCGAAAUCCAAUCUUUUGCAGCAUUGUGGUGGGGACUUUUCUGAUUCAGAUCGUCAUCGUGGAGUUUGGAGGGAAGCCGUUCAGCUGCUCGGGACUGACUCUCGACCAAUGGCUUUGGUGCAUUUUCAUUGGCAUCGGAGAGCUGCUGUGGGGGCAGGUAAUCGCCACCAUCCCAACCAGCCGUCUGAAGUUCCUGAAGGAGGCGGGCCAUGGCACGACGAAGGAUGACAUCCCUGAAGGAGAACUGAUGGAGGACAACGACGAAAUCGACCACGCAGAGAUGGAACUGCGACGAGGACAGAUCCUCUGGUUCAGAGGUCUGAAUAGGAUCCAAACUCAGAUCAAAGUGGUGAAUGCAUUCCGUAGUUCCUUGUACGAGGGGAUAGAGAAGCCGGAAUCUCGCAGCUCCAUCCACAACUUCAUGACCCACCCUGAAUUCGGAAUGGAAGACGACGAGCCUCGGAUUCCCCUGAUUGAUGAGACGGACGUCGAAAUUAAUGGACUAACCAUCUGUGGAGCUCCCAGCUCACCCCGUUCACCCAACAAGAACAACAAUGCUGUGGACAGUCGCAUCAGCCUCCCCCUCUCAGACGUUAACAAGUUCGCCUCCUCUACUCCGGGAAGCCCUCUACACAGUCUUGAGACAUCUGUCUGACCAUCCCCUCAUCCUUGCUGUGCUCCGACCUUUGCACUUGCCUCUUUCACACUAUUUCCACUUAUCUUGCAGGAAGUUUAAAACAAAAAAAAAUUGUAUUUUAGUUUCAAAUAGUCUGUGGGGUGGGGGGGAGAGAACCCCCAGAUCCUAAAAUGUCUCAUGCAGGUGGGGUGGGGCGGGGGAGAGGAAAUGUUACUGGCCAUUGUGCCAUUUAAUUUCAAAACGCCUUCUGAAGUUGUAAAGCAGACCAGAACGCUAAUAGUUAAAUCUAAUUUGGUGUAAUUUAUAUUAAGGCUUUUACACUUCCUGUCACCAGCAAUUUACAAGACUUCAGGUUUUGUUGAAGUUGGGAAUGCCACAGAUUUCAUUGAAAGCGACCCACAAUCUCUUGUCCUGGCUCACAAUGCAGUUUGCCCGACUCAGUUAUCAUAAUCGGAUUGCCAUUUUAUUGAAGUGUGCAAGAGGCAAAAAGUCUCAUUGUUUCAGUUUCCUGUCUAUAAUGUCACCCUCGCUGUUGGCUCCUGUUGGCCUCUGGCAAGUGUUGGCAGUCAACUUCCAAACAAGCCAGCUGGUCAGAUCCAACGUGGCUGAAGAGUUCCUCCAGGCCCUUCCAGAGCGCCAAAGUUAGCAGCAUUCCGGGUGGAAAGGAAGGGGCGGUGUUUUAGGUGGGGUUUGCGGAGGGUGUCCAUUGGGAUCCAGAGGGGUAAAAGACAGCUCCCAGCUGGUGCUGAGCAGUCGUGGCACACGCACGCUGAGCGUUACAUUUCCCAGCUCCCAAGUCCAAGAAUGGGCACUCUGAUCAACAGCUCAGCUGCGAUUCUUUACAGACCUGAAACUGCUGGCUCUGAUAAAGAGCCACGUCCUGAGAAAUCAAGAACAGUCUCACACCAGGUUUCCCUAUCUUGCCCAAAUUCAAUGCAGUUGCAUAAUUGAGAUUAAAACAAAUAAAUCGUGAGAAUUUGGUUUGGAUUACAUCUUUCCAACACCUUAUUUGCCACUUUAUUUUCAAAGCUUAUUGUAGGCAGUGUAAUUAGAAAGCCAUUCUCUCCUUGGAGUUUUUCAGGGCUGCUUGUAACUAAAUAUAUACUUGGCUUUAUUCAAAAGGAAAUCUCAUAGCCUAACUCCUCGGAAAGCUUAACACCAUUUUAAGUGGCACCACGUGUGAGUAUUUUGUGCGCUCGAUUGGUCGUAGCAGCAUACACCACUUGUUUCCAGAUGAGCUUACCCCACAUUCAUGGUCAGGAUUUUUUCCCAUGGGUUGGUGGCUUCUGUUGAAGUCAGUGAUGCUUGGCCAGGGCUGUAGCAUCUCGCUGCCAAGUACAGCACACUGUGCAUCAAAAAUACAAGGAAUUUUCAGGAAGGUGACCUCACAAAACCAGUUAUACAGCUGCAAGCUACUUUCAUUAUGAGUAACUGGUAGCACUAAGCAGUUUACAGGAUUGCCCCCCCCCCCCCCCCCCACCAAUUCAAUGUUCCAGUAUUGUCAACAAAACUCUUGAAUGUAGGAGUACGGGUUUCUGCUACUUCGUCAUGUACUCAGCUUGGCUCAGGGGUUCCCUGAAGUACUUCAAACACAUAAAAAUCCACAGAUGCUGGAAAUCCAAAGCAACAUGCACAAAAUGCUGGUGGAACUCAGCAGGCCAGGCAGCGUCCAAGGAAAAGAGUAAACAGCCCAAAGUUUUAGUCCAAUACGGGAGGAGUCCUGAAGCAGAGUCCUGGCCCGAAAUGUUGACUGUUUACUCUUUUCCGUUGGCGCUGCCUGGCCUGCUGAGUUCUUCCAGCAUUUUGUGUGUGUUGUCCUGAAGUACUUGUCCAACCAGGAAUACCAUCAACAUGAGCUCCAGCUGAGCUUGGGGGUUCUCUGAAGUCCUUGUCCACCAUAAAUCCCGUCAACAUGAGGUCAUUUUCACUGUGACAUCUGUAAAGGUAAAAGUACCAGUUUCUACAGGAGACGUUGCUGCAACACCUCAAGAUUUUUGAGACACAGGUAAACUGAAUUACCCCCAAAAAAAUGUUAGUGUUGGUUGGCCCAAGCCAGCUUGUAAGCAUUAAGCAAACACUUUUGCUUCAAGACUUUCCAUGUUUAUUUAAUUCUAGUUGGUUUUGAUGUAUUCUGUUUCAUAGUACUACAUAGGGAAGGUUUAAAGGGAUGUUGAGAGCAGGCAGCCUCCUUAAGGCACUUUGUAAAGCUGUUGUAAGUUUUGGAAGAUAAUUAACAAGGAAAACCUAUAGAUUUAUUACAAAAGGUAAUGUUGUAAUUUACCUUUGAUAAGUUAAUAAGCCAAUGGAAAAUAUAUACUACAGUUCCACAGUAGAAUGUUUAGUUGAAAAAUCUUUGCCAGGAUUCACUUAUUUAUGAAGGGUUUCAAAAUAAUAUUUUUAACCUCUAUGCAUUAAACUGUACAGAAACAAGUAUCCCUUAUGUGCUUCUCAAUGGGAAAAGUUGCUGAAUUAUUUGUGUUUCACACCUUAGGAUAAAGAUGUACAGCUGUAAGAAAUAGUUCUAGGUCCUUAGGAAGUUUCUAGAGUUCAAAUAAGAGUCCGGUUGAGGGAUUUUCCUCGGAGUCUGUUCCCCUUCAGUUGUGGUUGCAGAGUCGGUCUGUCCGAACACAAGUUCUGAUGCUGAAAAAUGUUUGAGCAAGAAAGAUUCUGAGGAUCGAGCCCUCUUGGAAUCAAAUCAAAAGCAAAAUACCACAAAUGAAGGAUAUCAGAAAUAGAUACCCAGCUGGUCAGACAGCAUUCAUAGACAGAAACGGGUUGGAUUCCAAGUCAAUAAUUUUUCUUCCAAGCUGUGGAAAAAUUAACAGCAUCCAGCUGAAAUUUGAACUCUUUUCUGUACAGGCACUGCUGAGUGUUUCCACCCACUUCUGAUCUUACCGUGAGGGAGGCAAAUAAAUUUUGUAUCUGGUUGAAACCUUUUGAUCUGCUGAACUGGGGACAUUUUAAUUGCUGAGGAUCCAGGGAGCAAAAUGGAAGAAGCAAGGAAAUGCGAGCUCAAAAUUUUUGUCUGGAUUUCAAACUUUUUCCAUUUUGUGGGAAGAAAGUAGCACGUGCCCUGUUGUAACGCCCUGAAGGGCAAGGGGAUAUGGGUGACACUGAUAUGUGUUAAGAUGGCACUGGUGAAAUUGGGGCUCGCUUCGUGGUCAGCAUGGACCCGUUGGGCUGAAGGGCCCAUAUCUGUGUUGUACUGUUGAAUGACUGUGUGAAUGAAGUCCGAGUCUAUGCAAACUCUCCUCGUGGUGCGUACAGAUUCUCCCACAAGAGGAAACAUUCUCUCUGCGAUAACUCCUCACAAUCUUCUAGGUUUCAAUCAAUUCUCCAUCAGAGUAUAAGAUACAGGAGCAGAAUUAGGCAAUUUGGCCCAUCAAGUCUGCUUCUAGCUGAUUGUUAAAUUCCAUUAGAGUCAUGCUACAGCACAGAAACUGGCCAUUCAGCCCAUCUAGUCGGUACUGAACUACUAUUCCUACUUACUUGGGCCCUUCGCUCCUAGGUGGAGCAUAGGCCAUUGAUGAUCUCCCGUUUCCAUUAUCAAAGUCGAUGUUAUGGUUGGAGUUAAUCAACAUUUCUGCAAUCCACUGUACAGUGGACUUAGGGUUGGAUUCUGAUUAGUCCCAUUGACUGCAUCUGGACCAGAGUCCUCUGUGCUCUGCCCAUCUACUUAUCCAAACUUCUCUUAAAUGUUGUAUCCUCCUGCCUUCUCACCAUAACCCUUAGCACCCCCUCCCUGCCAAUCAAGGAAGUAUCAAUCUCUGCCUUAAGUGCACCCAAUGACUUGGCCUCCUCUGCUCUCUCUGAGAAUGAAUUCUGCAGAGUAACCGCCCCCUAGCCAGAAAAAUUCCUUCUCAUCUCAGAUCUGAAGGGAUGGUCCUUUAGGUCGGAUCUGGCCACUGUGUAGUAGUAGUGAUGCAAUCACUUGAGUGGAGUACGAUGUUCUCCUAAGGGGUUGACUGUUGGUGGCUGAUCCGUGAUCUACAUAAAAUGCAGGAUGUUAGGGUGGAUUCCUGUAGCAGAGAACGCCUGUGUGUGACUUUGUAUAAUGCGGGGAGGCUGAUGUACAAUCAUCACACAGUCCUUGACUGAUCGGGAUCAGGGUCUAGUGGCAUGGAGUGACAGGCUUCACUGCCAUCGUGAUCUUCUGCCAGCUCCACUGCUGAGGUCUUGGUCGGACCGCGCUUUGGCUGGAACCUCCCCCCCUGAGUUUACCGCCACGGGUGACCCUAUCAGGAGCUGAGCACCAGAUAGCUCAAUGUGAGACAGCGUCACUUUCGGGAUCUCUGGAGCCACGACAGGGUGACGACCCUUGGAGAGGACUGGCCAAUACUGAGCGAAUGUUACAUUCUGAAUGGAAAAGUGUGAAAAACAAACUCAAAGUUAUGAGCUCCAUGGGGCUUAACGUCUGGAAUAAUGUGGAUGUGCAGUGAUUCCAAGAGAAUAGAGCUUGGCUGUCCUUCAGACCAUGAGGCAGAGGAGCAGAAUUAGGCCAUUUGGCCCAUCGAGCCUAUUCCACCAUUUCAUCACGGCUGAUUUAUUAUCUGUCUCAACCCCAUUCUCCUGCCUUCUCCCCGCCCUGACUAAUCUAUCACCUUCUGCUUUAAAUAUAUCCAACGACUUGACCUCCACAGCUGUCUUUGGCAAUGAAUUCUACAGAUUCACCACUCUCUGGCUAAAGAAAUUUCUCCUCAUCUCUGUUCUAAAGGGACAUCCUUCUAUGCUAAGCCUGUGCCCUCCAGUCCUAGAACACCCCCCACUAUAGGAAACAUCGCUCCACAUCCUCUCCCUUCCACUGGUAGCUGCAUGCAGUUUUACCGGUGGGGUGGCACUGUUGUCAUCGAAUCCUUCAACAGAGUAGCCAUGGUCACCUGUGGGCUCCAGGAAUCAAAGCAGUUUAUCAGUAAGUCAGUUUGAUUUAUUGACAAACUACUACAAUACCCAAAAAAGAAAUUUAAGAAGUAUGAUUGCUAUUCAAAGUGGAAUUUGUAUAUGAAGUUCCAGUGAACAGUCUGGGGUGUAGAGGGUAGUGGGUGGGUAUCUCUAAAUGUGUAGAAGAGUUGGUGCUGGUGACAAUUAAUAUUAAUAAUUAUAGGUGGAAAUGCUAAAUUAGUUUAUUUCUCGUCACAUCUGCUUAGUGAAAAUGUUUGCACUCUGACAGUACCGAUCACUCAUGUCAAUGCAUUGAGGCAGUACAGGAGAAAACGGAGUGCGGUGCAAGGUGUCAAAGUUACACAAACAGGUGCAGUGCAGGCAAGCAGAAAGAUAAAGAGGCAGAUGGUGAGGUCGAGAGUCCAUUUUUACCAUUUUAGUGGUCUUUGGGGAAUGACAGAUGCAACCAACAAAGUUGAAACACUUUGCAAGAAAAUUAGGGAUGAAAGAGUGCACGUAUUCAGGAGGUUAGCCCAUUGGCCAGAGGUUUCUUUCCAGCUGGUACCUUUCCAGUGCUGGUACCUUUGCUUCUUUCCAUGAGCUCCCAGAGGCUGAUUGUCAUUUGCCCAGUGCUGCCAAGCUGUGUGUUUUGAUGUGCCUUUUCUUAACCUUGUGAGUUUGCAUCUCUGGUGUAGUUACAAGUGUCAACACUUCAGUUGUUUCUUCGGGCGAUCGUGUAGCAAAAACCAAGAACCACCUUCGCUGAGUAGGUCCCAUUGAAAGUGAGAAAACUGAUGGGCCAAAACCCUUUCUUAGUUACACCUUGGGCAGUCUGGACAGGAAGCUAAGUGGGAAACGGAUACAGCUUCCACGUUAACCAAAACACCUUGCAGGCUCAGAACUCACCAGAAUGGCACUGGCUCCCUUUCUCAUUCAAACAGUCUGCUAAGAGCUUGGAUGCUUUCUGGUGAAGCUGUACAGAGCUGAUACAUAAAUGAUUGUGAUGAAUUCCAAGCUCACUUCUUUAAUCAUUGGUGUGGCUAAGUUUGUUCUAAUAUAAGCAUAUGGUACUUCUUCUUCAUACAUUCUAAUUGGACCUGUUGUCUACUUUUUCUUAAAAUUACAGUGUCACAAAGGGGUGUUUGAAUUUACAUCCAGCCUCAACUCUACUUUUUAAUUAGUGUCUCGUGUCUUGACAUAUUUUGAUUUUUGUCUCUCUACCUUCCCCCUUCCUUUCCUCCCACAAUAUCUUUGCCUUGAUUAUAUACAGGCACAUUUCUAUUAAGUCAGGGUGAACACGUCUGUGCAUGUUCUGGUCUGACUUUACAAGCCCCACUGCGGCGAGGAGCUGGGGUACUGAGAGCCAGACCUGCACCCUGUGGCUGUAAAACAACGGCAAAAUCCUGCAGAGGCUGGAAACCUGAAAUAAAGACACUCAGCAGAUCAGUCAGCAUCUGUGGAGAGAGAAACAGGACCCCUGUCCUGAUGAAGGGUCUCAGCCUGAAACUUCAACGGUGCAUUCCCCUCCAUGGAAGCUUCCUGACCUGCUGAGUUCUCCAGCAUUUUGUGUGUGUGUGUGUGUGUGUGUCUGUGUUCCCGUUUCAAGCCUUUUGUUUCUCUCUCUCCAAUCCCAGCUGUAUUUCUACCGACUGAAGACAUCCCAAACUGUUGCGGUGAGCAUUUCACAUUGGAAUCAUGCAUAAACAAUUUUAAACUACCGUGUACUGUAGUGGUUUCCCAGUGAUAUUUAACAAAAGUUUGACUAAUUAAGGUAGCUCAAUUCUUCAACCUUUAAUGAGUUCUAAUUUUAGAAUGUAGGAGGAGUGUCCGACAUGUUUCUGGUAUUUUGGCUGAAGUGUAUCGAAAAGAAGUUGUGCUGGUUUUCAAUUCAGUGUAAAUCAUUAGAUGCUCCUGUAAGCAUAUCCUAUCCCAGUUUAAAACCAGGUGUUUAUUCGGUUAGCAAUUAUCUGAAUCAGUUAUCGUGAUGGAAAGUGCAUGAACUAAUGUAAGUUACACCAACAACUAAAUUUUCCUUGUAGAUUCUGCAAUCAAAGGGUGGGGUUUUAAGAGGGGCCAUGAGUGAGGUGCGCCAGAUUAUGAGGGAUAUCGGUAGCAUACAGUAUAGGGAACUUCUGCCCAUAUCAGAUUAGAUCAAACUAGAGGACAGGGGUUUGUGGUGAGGGGGUAAAUGAACUAGAGCAGUGGUUCCCAACCUGGGGUCCACAGACCCCUUGCUUAAUGGUAUUAGUUCAAUGCAUACGAAAAGGUUGUGAAACUGUGAGGGAGUAUCUGAGCAGAACCUUCUCCGAGAGAACGGUAAGUCCCUGGUAUACCAUUCCUGAAAAGGGUUGAAGCUGAGUGACAGAAACCAUUCAAAAAGUGUCAAGGUAAGAACCGCGAUCAUUUAGGGAUAGGACCAAGAAUGGAAGGUUUGGGCCAAAUGGCUUGUUUCCACACUUGAAACCACCUUUGAUAAUCACCCACUUUUCAGGUACAGAAGCUUCACUUUUGAUAGCAUCCUAAUGUGGCCUGUCUACCCUAAGACCAGUUUAUCAGUAAUGAGUGAUAGCUGUACCUCAACCCACUGAAAGAUGGCAAAAAAAAAGGCAGAAGUAACUGGCUCAAAGGGCUAAGUAAUAUCGCAUUAUUUUCUUAGUGAGCUGUGCGGUCUGCCUUACAAAAGGUUUGCAUUAAAAAUUUAUAGCACCUACCAAUAACUCCCAAGAUUAAACAAGUAACUUGGAGAAGUGGGUUUUGAUUUCUCCAGGACAGAGGUCCUCAAUCUGGGAUCCACGGACCCCUCACUUAAUUGUAUUGGUCUAUGACAUAUAAAAGGUUGGGAACCCCUGUUCUAGAAUCUGACUUGGUGUCGUUGCUGUAGAAGGAAAUAUAUUUACACAGGGUUUUUGGGACCACAAGUGUUUUAAACUUUUUCAAAGAAAAUUGUGCAUAAAAAGCGCCCAAGGGCCCCUUUCAUCCUCAUUAAUACUGGUCAGUGCAGCCGUGUAAGCAGUGCACAAUACUUCCCAGUUUCUGAAGAGUACGUCUUCCCCUUACGAUGCUUGCUCAGUUUGCUCUGUAAUUGUCAGCCGUACAGGGGAUCACAGUGGUAAUAGGAGGUUGCCAGUUUUCUGAUGGCUUUUUCCAUUUUCUUAUCAACCUUGCUCUGGCCCAGAAGUGUGCUUUCUCUUUUUCACUGUUCCUGUUGUUGUAUAACAUGUACACUCAGAGGCCACUUUAUUGGUAAAGGAGUGCAACUCGGUGCGGCCUAAUGCUGCUUUACCCACCAAUUCGAGGUUGGACGUGUUGUGCAUUCAGAGAUGCUGUUGUAGUGCGUGGUGAUUUGAAAUACUGUCGCCUUCCUGUCAACUUGAACCAGUCUGGCCCUUCUCCUCUGACCUCUCUCAUUAACAGAGUGUUUUCUCCCACAUAACUGCUGCUCACUGGAUGUUUUAUCGGUUUUUUUUUUACACCAUUUUUUGUAAAUUCUAGCGAAUGGGACUAAAGUCCCAGGAGACCAGCAGUUUCUGAGAUACUCAAACUACCCCAUCUGGCACCGACAAUCAUUCCACAGUCAAAGUCACUUAGAUCAGAUUUAUUCCUCACUCUGAUGUUUGGUCUUGACAACAACUGAACCUUUUGACCAUGCCUUCACGCUUUUAUGAAUUGACUUCCUGCCUCAUGAUUGGCCUAUUAGAUACCUGCAUUAACGAGCAGGUGUAACUAAUAAAGUGGCCGCUGGGUGUUCACGUUAAUGAUGUGUGCAUUGGUUAGCGUUCUUCGCAGAGAUCUGGCUCUGUGUCUCGGCUACAUCUGUUGCUUUGCCAAUGACAGGGAAACUUUCAAACCUUAAGGUCAAAAGCCAUGCUUACGGUGAAGGAUCGAUGUUUCAGAAGAAAUUCAGCCUUUUGCUUCUAAUGGUAGAAAAGAAUUUGUACGAGAUUCUUUGGUAACCGGAGUAGAAGGUUGGGCAGUUCAUUUUGUUAACUUGGACAGUGGAAGUGACUAAUUUAAUUCACUCCAGCAAGUCCUUGUGGCCAAUGAUGUUCUAGUUGUUCUUCCUUUUGAAACACCAGUUUUAAUUUAGGGAAAGGGAUUUAUAAUUGAGAUAACAGGUUAUGCAGUGGGAUAUACGCAUGUUUGUUACACAUUGCCGUCAGUCACCUUGAUAUACUGAUAAUCAGUAGGCAUUUUAAUUUCCUGUCUACUACCAGUCAUUUGGGGCAUCUUUGCUCUUAUAAAAAAAUUGUGCCCAUUUUUGAAGUAUUUUUAUAUACAUUAUGUUGAUAUUAAAUUGGUCUGAGAAUUUUGCUUUUGUGUAUAAUUCUGUUUCUAUGUAUAAUAUAUUCUAUUCUCUUGGGUUAAUUUAAAAGUGAGCGACACUAAAAAGUAUAAAGAACACACUAUGGCUUAAGUUAUUGAAUAAAAAUGUAUGGUGCUGUAGCUUAAAGGUAUAUAUUCUGUUUAAUAAGCAUCAAAAAUAGUGCAGCUUUGCUAACUUAAAUCUUGAAAGAUGAGAAACUUAAUAAAUCUGAGGUGUGUGUCUUACAUGUGUGUGCGUGUUCCUCCAUGAAACAAGUCAGUAAUGUCCAAUAGCCUUGGGAGCAAUGUCCAGGCUCAUUGCCCUAGUGUUGUAUGUUAAUCUGCUGCGGCUCUUUACCUUUGACACAGGAACUAAGGGAAUGCUUUUUUUUUGUAAAUGCACCCGACUCUUAAACUCUGCCACCAAGUUUCUCAGUUUCCAUUUAAAAGUUUUAAGAUGUUUUUGAUGAAUAUAAUAUUGAUUGUAAAAGGCGGCAAAGUCUCAUCAGCUGCGCACUGGUAACGUUUUGUGUUUUCGUCUGCUUGGGGGGGGGGGGCAGUGCAAAGUUUGGAAUGUUUAAACUGUGGGAGACCGGGAAAGAGAGCUUCGAUGCACAAGUGAAUGUAUAAUACAUAUUCUUCGGUUUUUGAAUAAUUCCAUCCUUCAAUAAACUCACUAGUGAAGCUAAACUAUUUCUUUAAAUGCAGACAAGAGCAAGACCGAGGUAUCCAGUAACUAGUGUAAUAAGCACUGGUAUUUUUGUAAAAAAAAACUCAUGAAAAGCUUAAAAAAUUUUCGAAAAUGACUGAAUAAUUAUGUGGUAUGCAUGACGUACUGUGGUGGAUCAGAGCAAUAUGCACCCUAAUGUGCUUUGCCACAUUAGCGUUCAGCUUGGAGUGCUGAUGCUGUAUCUUGCAUUUUGAUAUUUUUUUCUCAUUACCAGUGAUAUAACCUCUAUGUAAAAUGUUUUGCAUGUAUUUUUAUGGUUCUUGUGAUGGAAUGGAAUGAAUAGUCAAAACAGCUUCUUCCAGAACACAAUAUAAUCAAUGACUACUAAGUUCAGUUUGAGAAGCAAAAUCAGAUUUAAAAAUUGGCGACGAGUUCUUAAACUUCAAAAGUGUGAUUCUAGAAACUUCAGAGUAUUUUUUUACAAACAGCCUGCAUUUGUGAAUCAUAAAGAAAAAAAUGUAUCCUGCAAUCUUCUUGUAUUAAAAAGAAUAAAUAUUUCUCCUUCUGUUUAUGGAUAACUUUUUUAUCCUGUUGUAAAUAAAUUCAUUUCUUUGUUUAUUUUGAACUAUGCAAAUAGCUCUGUGGUUAUAACCUUUUCCUUGAUAUUUUUUUUCUCUUCAGUUAAAUGUGCUUUGGUGGAAUGUGUUUUGUUUUGGAAGAUUGUAGUAAAUGAACGUGUGCAGUCUCUUCCUCUCUCUUCUUUCUCUCCUCUCUCCCCAUCAAGCUAAGUUCAGACAAUGAUGUCAAUUGAUUAAAAACAAUAAAGACUCUGGGGGAAUGGAAA